AGGAGAGUCUUUGCCACUGAGGGUUUUUGGUCCAGGGAAGAUUGUGCUUGUCAGUGAGCAUUUAUGAAAAUUAAGGACAGGAGGAUUAAGAAAGCUGUAAUUUUAUUUGCUUCUUAACAGGGUCUGACUUAAUUUUCAUUUUCAGACUUUGUUUGAAGUACAGUUAAGGCUAUGGACAACUCUUAAGAGGGCUUAGCAUGUUUAAAUGCUGAUUAAAAUGUUAAUACAGAAUGGCAUUGGGAAGGGAUUCAGCUUUAUGAGUCAGCCCUGAGGUUUUCCCUCUGCCUAUGGCUCCUUUGGUGGGAUGGACUGUUGCCACAGUCCCUUCCUAUUAGCCUGGUGUGUUUGUCCAGGUGUCUGCCUCUGGGGAGAUUGCUGGGGAUUGCUGGACCUGGCACACACUCAGAAAGUGCUGAAGCAAAGAAAAAUUACACAAAGUGUUUAUUUGAUGAUUUUACUUUUGUGUCUCAGAUUAGUGUGUUCUCUUGCAAUUGGAAUUUUUAUGGAGAAGCUUACCAACAAGAAGCUGUGUACUGAUGACGACUGUAAGUAAAUUUACACCAAUUUCCAUGCCAGAGCAGAAAAGGAUUAUAAUGCUUCAGACUGCAGAUUCAUUAAUAUUAAGAAGGGGCACUUGAUUUAAAAACUAAUUUAAAAACUAAUGAAUGAAAAAGAUGGAGAAUUCUGGGCUGCAAGUAGAAGAGUUUUUAGAAAGCAGUAUGAAGAGCAUAUGGGGACAGUUGGUUAUUUCCCUAGCAGUUCAGUGUCAGAACAACAUGUCUAUCAAGAAACAAAUAAGACUGUUCCUACAAGG